UAAACCGCCAGAAUAGGUAUUGGGACAGGAACCUGCGUAUUUAAAUAAGCAUUUUUUACUUUUGAAACCACAGCGCUAUCCGAGUUUAAAAUACGCACGCGCGACUGUUCUUCUGCGCGCGAUUACCAUGGCGACGUAUCCAUUUCCCCUUUGACCUUUCGCACGCGCUGUGGCGGGAGAUUCCAGCAUGGCGGUGCAGCCGAAACAGACCCUGUCCAUGGACAGUGCCGCUGAACAAGGAUUCCUGAGUUUUUACUUUUCUAUGCCCGAGAAGCCUGACACCACGGUCAGGGUAUUUGAUCGUAAUGAUUACUAUACGGUGCACGGAAAAGAUGCUGUCUUUGCAGCAAAAGAAGUAUUCAAGACCAAUGGAGUUAUUAAAAGCCUCGGAUCAGGAGCCAGGCGCUUGGAGAGUGUGGUCCUCAGCAAGAUGAACUUUGAGUCUUUUGUGCGGGACCUGCUACUGGUGAGGCAGUACAGAGUGGAGGUGUACAGGAACAAGAGCAAGAGCAGCAAAGAUCACGACUGGCAGCUGGCCUACAAGGCGUCUCCUGGGAACCUCACACAGUUUGAGGAGGUGCUGUUUGGCGGGGCAGGUGGCUCGGGGGCCGGGGCUGGGGUGGUGGGUGUGCGCCUGGGCUCCGAUGACGGGCAGCGCGUGGUGGGCGUGGGCUACGUGGACUCCACCCUCCGGAAGUUGGGUGUCUGCGAGUUCCCAGACAAUGACCAAUUCUCCAACCUGGAGGCCCUGCUGGUGCAGAUCGGGCCGAAGGAGUGCGUGCUGCCAGCAGGGGACGCAACUGGUGAUAUGGCCAAGCUCAGACAGGUGGUGCAGCGGGGCGGCAUCCUGGUAUCGGACAGGAAGAAGGUGGAGUUCACCACCAAGGAUGUGGUGCAGGACCUGGACCGUCUGCUGCAGGCCCGCAAAGGGGAGACCGUGUCCAGCGCCGCCCUGCCGGAGAUGGAAAAGCAGGUCGCCAUGUCUGCCCUGGCCGCCGUCAUCCGCUACCUGGAGCUCCUCUCGGACGAGGCCGGCUUCGGCUCCUUCAGGCUGACGGCCUUCGACCUCGGCCGGUACAUGCGGCUGGACAACGCUGCCGUGCAGGCUCUCAAUCUCUUCCAGGCCUCCCCGGAUGACAGCGCAGGAACGCACUCGCUGGCUGGGCUCCUCAACAGGUGCCGCACGCCCCAGGGGCAGCGGCUGCUUAACCAGUGGCUGAAACAGCCUCUCGUGGACAAGAACAAGAUCGAAGAGAGGCUGGACCUGGUGGAGAGCUUCGUGGAGGAUGCUGAGCUGCGGCAGAGCUGCCAGGACGACCUGCUGCGCCGCUUCCCGGACCUCAAUCGCCUGGCCAGGAAGUUCCAGCGGCAGAGCUGCACGCUGCAGGACUGCUACCGGGUCUACCAAGCCGUGGGCCAGCUGCCGGGCCUGCUGCAGGCGCUGGAGCGACACUGCGGGAGUCACCAGGUCCUGCUGCAUGCCGUGUUCAUCUCGCCCCUCGAGGACCUUAACACGGACUUCUACAAGUACCAGGAGAUGAUCGAGACGACGCUGGAUAUGAACCAGAUCGAGAACCACGAGUUCCUGGUUAAGCCGUCCUUUGACCCGACGCUGAGCGAGUUGCGGGAGGCCAUGGACCAGCUAGAGAAGGACAUGCAGGCGGCGCUGAAUGCGGCGGCCCGGGAGCUCGGUCUGGACGCUGGGAAGAGCGUGAAGCUGGAGUCCAACGCCCAGAUGGGUUACUACUUUCGGGUCACCUGCAAGGAGGAGAAGAGCUUGCGCAACAACAAGAAGUUCACCACGCUGGACGUGCAGAAGAACGGCGUCCGCUUUACCAACAGUAAGCUGAGCUCCCUGAACGAGGAGUACACCAAGAACCGGGAGGAGUACGAGGGGGCGCAGAACGCCAUCGUGAAGGAGAUCAUCAGCAUUGCCUCGGGCUACGUGGAGCCGCUACAGACCCUGAACGAGGUGGUGGCCCAGCUGGACGCCGUGGUGAGCUUUGCCGUGGCGUCACACUCGGCCCCCGUGCCCUACGUGCGGCCCAGGGUGCUGGAGAAGGGCUCGGGCAGGCUGUUCCUGCGGGCGGCCAGGCACCCCUGUAUCGAGGCCCAGGACGACGUCUCCUUCAUCCCCAAUGACGUGUCCUUCAGCCGCGGAGAGGAGAUGUUCCACAUCAUCACCGGCCCCAACAUGGGGGGCAAGUCCACCUACAUCCGGCAGGUGGGGGUGAUCGCGCUGAUGGCGCAGGCAGGCUGCUUCGUGCCGUGUGCCGAGGCCGAGAUCAGCGUGCUGGACCGCAUCCUGGCUCGCGUGGGCGCCGCUGACAGCCAGCUGAAGGGCGUCUCCACCUUCAUGGCCGAGAUGCUGGAGACGGCGGCCAUCCUGCGGUGCGUGGGGCUCGGGGCGCGGGGCACGGGGCGC